AGAGAGUGUCUGUCAUCGACGUCGACGUGUAAACCAGGAACUGUCUGUGCAAGAAGUGGUGUGUUGGCAUUCUGGAGAAAUUUGGAUCAAAGUGCCAAAUAACGGUCAACUUCGUGUUCCUGCGUGUCCAAAUACAGCAACCAGACGUUUCCCAAUGCAGAAAUACUUCCACUGAGCGACACUUUCUCUCGAAAAACAAGAACAGCGCCGAGGAAGGAGAAUGGGGAAGAAAGAUGCCAGCGCAACCAGAUUACCAGUCGAUCAGUACAGAAAGCAGAUCGGUAAGCAGGACUACAAAAAGACGAAGUCCGCCUUAAAGGCCACUCGGCUCAAAGCUGAAGCAAAGAAGAGUUCCUCUGGAUUCAGGGAUGCAUUCCUGGUCAUCGCAGCAAUUCUCUUCUUUGUGCUCUGUGUUUACGCCUUCUUCUACCUCAACCUGAGCACCGAGCUUAACCUGGAUGUGGACGAGGAUUAAUACGAGAUGGACUCUGCGCUGGAAACUUUCUUGUUUCUUGACUUAAUGCUCAAGGGCAAGAGAAGGAAGAAGUCAAAACAAAACUUAAAUAAAAAAACUGUGCCCUAAAGGGCAUCUCUAAGUCCAAAUACAAACUUUGCUCAGCGAAGUUGACACAGACUGAAUGUCUUUUCCACUCUUGUUGACUUGUUGGCAGUCUCUUUGAUAGAAAGAAGUUUCAGGCUAUAUAUAAGAUAAUGUUUCUGACUAGACAUGGAGAGAUUUUUCUUUUCAGUAAUUUUCUGUGCUAAAUUUGUUCAAUGCAAUUCAUUCAACUCAUUCUUUUGCUCUCAUAUGUGCACUCUUAUUACUGCUUGCUUCUACUGAUAGCUUUUCCCCGAGUGCAGUUUUGAAAAAUGUCACUGACCUCCAGCUUCAUUCGCUUGUUUAACAUUCUGCUGCAAAAUCUACAUGCAGCCGAGAAUACAAGCCUCUUUUUUUUUUUUUUUUUUAAACACAAGUAAUCCAAACUACAGUCGAGACUAAGCGCCGUUAAUCAUAUUCUGCAGAGUCACGUCCCACUGUUUUCUCCGCUAAUAGAAAAAUGUAAAUCUCUUGCUGAGGCUCUCGUCACAUUGAGACAAACACUUGCCUCACAUUCCAGUGCACAAACCUCUCCUCCUGGAUAUCUGGAGAUCACAAAGUGUGAGAUUAGAAUCCACAAAGCCCUCGUCUUGAUUGAACAUGUGUGCAGAAUACAGAGCAACACAUUGCACCUGCCGCCGCACAUGCAUACUUGCAACACGGAGACGUAUAUCCUCAGGAUAAGCAUUUUAAAUAUGAUCAGGUUCUUUUCAUUUGAAUGGAAAUUAUGGAGAUGAAUGAUUACUGAAUAGAGGUGAGCCGACAUGUUUCUCAUCAGGAACACCUUGAUGGUUUUCCCUCUUUUGUAUAUUGUUGUCUUCUUAGGGAUGUAAUGUGUUUCUACAGAAAGGAAUAUGAAGGUUUGUCAGUGCUGCUUUUUUUCUACUGCUUUACUCUUUGUGCACCAGACCUGCAAGGUGCAAGGACUGACCUUCUAUCAACCAUUUCAGUACAAGUGCUUCCACUGUUUGAGAGAUUAUUUGUUAGCGAAAGAGUACAGAUUGAAGGGUUUUGACUUUUUCCAUUUACCACACAGCAAAAGCAAUACUGUCAUCUAUAGGGAAAUAAUUUUGCAUGUGAAGACUUUUUAGAUUAACGAAACCGGGGAUGCACAAUAUUGGACUUUUGCCACUGUGCCAAUAUUCUCCAGCUCAUUUUGGCAGAUUGCUGAUAUCGAUAUAUGCGAAUAAUUACCCCACCUAAUUGCAGCGAUCAUCAAGUCUCUCCUCUAGUGGAAUUAACAUGUUAUCAGGCCUGCUUUUAGAAACUGGCAAUAGAGUGCUUUUUUUUAAAAUGUACUGGGCAAAAAAAGAGGAAUUUUACUUUUAUGUAAGAUCUGUAACAAAAUACUGUAAACUUUAAGCCUGACAGGCAUUAUCUGCCUGCUGAUGUUCAUUUUGGACCAUUGCCGAUAUUCCAUUUUAAUGCCUUUAUCAGCUGAUAACCGAUGACGUGCUGAUGUCGUCACGUGGCCCCAAACAUAACAAGUAAAAGCCUAGAUACCAAUUACACAAGGGGCCUUGUGACUUCUUUCAUUCCUAACAUGUUUUUUUUUUCACAAGUCUUAAAAAAACCCCACAUAAGUUUUAUGUCUGUGCUGUGGCUGUGUUCCAACGCUGAUAUGAUUCCUGAAAUCUGAGACCGAUUUUGAGCUUUCAGUUUCUGCCUUUUCUCCUCUUCUCUCCCAUGACCUCCCGACCUCUAGUAAAAGACUACACGUCAAAGAAACCAUUAUGAUAAGCAUGCACCCGUACCCUCACCCAGCAGCUUUUAUCUCGGCUUGGUACAUCCAGAAACCCUCCCCCCAGCACUGUGAGUCACUCACAUGUGUAACAAUAGAUAGCCGGCCUAAUAGACCUUCAUACAUGACACCUGUUAUCUAAAAGGUCACCAUGACAUCAGCACAAUGCUAAGGAUCUGGCAGCCUCAGCCUAUUUACUUAGACCCAUGUUUGGCAAAAUGAGAUAUUUUUCACUACAGUGUAAUUGUUUAUGCAAUUAUUGAAUCAGUUUAAAUGAUAUACAAACAUUUUUUAAUGUGUUUUGUUUGGGGUACUGUCAGGCGUCUGAAUUGCUUUUCUGUAUUUCUUUUGUUAAAUUGCAUUUAAUAUGAAAAUGCCAUACCUGUUUGUGAAGGAAUAUGUUAUGCAUUGUACAAAAGAAGCUAAAAAAGCCUUUCAGUUUUCAAUAAAUUUAUUUGAAUAAAUUUCUUGGUGGUGUUGAGUGUAAA